CGAGGCUGGCCCACUGUGAGAGAGAAAGGCCCCGAUCGCAGUUUGGUUCACCGGUAACCACCUCUCUGGCAAGAAGAAGAGAGCCUCCUACAUCCUUCCCUUCGUCCACAAACGUUUCAAUUGUCUUAGACUGUCCAAUAUGGCUGAACAGGACUCAUUCCUCCAUCUCGCCAGGCCCUUGGGUCCCGCUGCUGUCGGCGCACAACCUACGACUGCUCCCCUUCGAGUCGUGAUACAACCACAAGCUCUCUUCUCCAUCCUCGACCACUGCACUCGCCGCCCACCUGACCAACAACGAGUCAUCGGCACCCUUCUGGGAACUCGCUCGGAUGCCGACGAAUCCCAAGUUGUCGUCCAUUCUUCCUUUGCAGUCAGUCACACCGAAACCACGGACCAAGUCGAAGUCGACAUGGAGUACCAAAAAGCCAUGCUUGCACUGCAUCUACGAGCAAACCCCAAAGAGGUGCUGGUGGGCUGGUACGCGACCAGCUCGGAGUUGAACACAUUUUCCGCCUUGAUCCAGAACCACUACAGCAGCCAAGGCGAAGGCACAUAUCCGUACCCUGCAGUCCACAUCACCGUGUCGUGCCAACCUGGCCAGGAUACCGAAGUGAGAACGUACAUCUCAUCCCCGGUCGGCGUCAGUCCAGAGAGGGCGGCCGACUCUGCCGCUUUCAUCCCGGUUCCGUACGCGGUCAACUACACCGAAGCCGAUCGUGCGGGUGUGGAAGCACUUGGGCUGGCCAAGAACUCAGAGACGAGGACGGCAGGGGUUUUGACAGAUAUUGAGAACCUGGAACGCUCGCUGGAAGACACCCUCGGCAUGCUGGACCGCGUUGGGAAAUACGUGGAGAAUGUGAUCGAGGAAGAGGAGGAACCUUCAACGGCACUGGGUCAAUUCUUGCUCAACACUCUGGCUCUUGCACCAAAGGUUGAUCCUGCGGACAUCGAAAAGGACUUCAACAACCACAUCCAGGAUGUUCUGACAGUGUCAUACCUUGCCAACAUGAUCCGCACUCAAAUGGAUCUGUCCAACAGAUUGGCAACGGCGCAAUUAACGAUGGGCGGCGGUGAAGCAGGCACGCAGGAGAAAGGACAGAGACAGAACAGACAAGGAGGCCAACCUAGACAGAAUCGCGCGGAAAGUGUGACGGUGUCGAACAUGUGAAAGAGGAUGAAUGAUUAUGCUUGAUUUCUCUAUUUUUUUAUUACAGAAAAAAGUAUGAUGCAAAAAAGCAUACUUGUGGCUCCGGCAAUGUUGCCAUGACUUUACGGUCUUAAGCCACGAACAAGCGGCGUCUGGAGCCAUUGGAAGUGUAUCUGAAUAGCCACUCGUCCUGAAGUGAGGGCCCGGGGUGUUUGCGAGUUGAGGAAGCAGGCUCACGAGUAGUAGUCUUGCUAUGCUGUGACUCGGCAAUUGAUGAUUUUGAUGGUCGCACGAUCUGGGAUGUUGUAGGUAGACGAGCCGGCUACUGGCUUCUAAAAGAAAUACCAUUAUUGCAGC